CUGCCAAACAAAUACGAGUAUGAUGAUUACAAAUUGCAGCCUAGGUAUGUAUGUUACGAAUGAAUCAAAAUCCGGGGGAAAGGGUCUGUCAAACUUGUCCAGUUUAAUAAAUUUACCAAUCUACUUCGUAUGCAAAUCAAACACGUCAAGCCGAAAUAUAAUAUGAACCCGACAGGACGAGUCGCAUUGACCGAAUUGACAGCACUGAUAGCAGCACCAACGUAUUAUCGGAUUCAACCAUCUUCUUUUGACUCUGGAGAGCCACCGGAAUUCCAAGGUUUACAACGACAGGGUUUGGGAUGGUGUAUCACGUGUAGAUUGAGUAGGCGCAGGAUGGCUCAUCGUGAAUUGCGUAGACAGUUAGGUUGGCAAGCAACUGGAAUUAGAACGGAUUCCGAUGAAGCCGUUCGUAUUUCAAUAACUCGAACCUAA